AUGUUUUCGAAAGUAUCGCUCGUCACCGCGCUCAUUGCUGGCGUUGGAUACGCCUCCGCGUCUGCUCAGCAAGCCGCAGUGGCCAACGCCCAACCGCAACCUACACAGCCCCCAUCAAUGGCGGAUGCUCCAUAUCUUUCGUCGAUGCCCUACGAUUGGAUGUCUACCCAGGGCUAUUCCUCUGUUGGUUGUGGUUACGGCUACUCCAGAGGGGCAGACAACCGCUGUCAACGCGAGAACUGGUAUUCAUUUUCGGGAUGCUACCAGACAACAACCAUCAUCCGUGAGCAAUGUGGUCCACCAAAGACGGUCACAAAGACUCUCAGCCGCACCCAUACAAUGACAGAGCAGCCCGCGCCAACGACAGUUCGUGUCACCAAGACGAAGACCAUGACAGAAACAAAGAUGGAGCUCUUGAGCACCCAAGUACUGCUUUCGACUCAAAUCCACGAUCGCAUCACGACCAUUGAAAAGACCAAGACGGCGACGGCGCUACUGACCGACUUCCGCACCGAGGUUGUUCAUGCUACGACACACUUGACAGAAGUAGCCACCGCCACGCGUGACGUCUUUUCGACCGUCACAGAGGUUUAUACCACGGUCGUACCAACGACAUAUACCUCUGUCUGGCUCGCAACGGAGACGGAAGAUCGCACUCGGGUCGUCACAAAGACCAAGAGCGCGAUUGUGACCGAAAAUCGAGUCGUGACAUCCACCCGCACAAACUUUUUAACAAAGACACUCGAUUUGACUGUCACUUACUUCCAAACGCUGCCUACGACCAUUGUCGAGCACUUUUUGAGCACGAAGACUAUCGACCGCACAAAUGUGCAAACAGUCACCGCUGUACGCACGUUUAGCACCGACGUGACCUUGACCCGGACACGUACAGAGGAACAAACCGCUACCGUCACUCAGGAACGCCUGGUCGAUAAUACUCAGCUGAGCGAUUGUUUGAACACGUGCAAGGGCAAGUGGAAUAUGCUGGCACCAGCACACAGUCAACAGACGACCGCCCAUGCGCAGCCGACGUACAGGAGUUACUAA